AUGAUAGAAAAUGAAAAUAAAUUGAAAAAAUUUAUCUGCGAGGACCGAAGUGUUCAUUAGUGUUCAUUUAAUUUUUCUCGGAAUAGUUAGUUGUACGUGUGAAACUGUAGAAAAUUGUUUAUGGUUUCCGUUAAACGAAACUUGACUCAUUUAUAUACAAUUGUACUUGUUUUAUUCCCAUUUUCCACUUGACCAGAAUUGUUUCAUGUAAUCGUUCGAUUUCGUAAUCAUUCAACUUGUGUGUUUUAUUCGCGAAUGGGAUCAACUCAUGGCAGUUUUUGAAGAAACUCCCUCGAAAGACAGCCAUCUAGACGAUUCUGCGAGACUGUUUUGCACCAUAGUGAAUUCGAGGAAUAACGAUGGUCAUACGGAAUACAUUCUCAAAGUACAUAGAGGAUAUAACGAAGAGAAUCACUGGACAAUUUUCCGAAGAUAUAGCGAAUUUUGCGCCUUGCAUAAAGAUUUGAAGGCAGUUUAUUAUGAAAUCAAUCUACCACCGAAGAAAUUUUUCGGGAAUCUCGAGGUGCAGUUUGUGAAAGAUAGACAGCAUAAAUUACAGUCGUAUUUGAAUAAAGUAUUGGAUCACAUCGUCCUCUCUUCAUCGUAUUACCUGAAGCGGUUUCUCGAUUCUGACAACUAUUAUGAUUCAAUUCAAGAUAACGAUUUUCAAAACGCAUCGAUGGCUCUGCGGGGUAAAACUGAUUUUCAUACGAUGAAACCAACACCUAACAUCGGAUGGAGAUUUAACAAACAAUAUUGCAACGUGAAGAAAUUCAACGAUUCGCGAAAAUAUAUUUUAACUUGGAUCAGCGACUACGGCAUUCGUAGAUGUUUAAACGAUAAAGAGACACAGUCAGCUUUCAAAGUAUUACUCGAGUUAUCGCAUCCUUAUAUUAUGCCGAUAAUAGCUGGAGAUUGUUACACGACGGGCACCUUGGUUAUACGUUCCUGUUCUUCUAAAGGUAGUUUAAGAGAAUGGAUUUGUAGAAGAACACCAUUCGACCACUUCUUAGAUAAAUGUCGUCGAUAUCGUGACGAAAGCGUGAUAAUACCAUCGAACGAAGUAUCCACUAUUUCAAUCCAAGUACUGCAUGCUUUGAACUUUCUACAUAAGAAAAAUAUACCAUAUGGAAAUCUUCACACCGGUAAUAUUUUCAUCGAAGAUGAAGUAGCUAAAAUAUCCGAAGUAGAGAACGGAAUUCUGGGACUGCCUUCGUUUUAUAAACGUUUCCUAAUCGAAAAUCGAAGAAUAAAAUCGAUACAGGACGUGGACGUGUAUUGCUUUGGGCAUGUUUUAUACGAAAUGGCGUUCGGCGAACGUUUGGAUGCCUGUUUCUUUGAUUCCGAGAUUUUAGUUUUAGAUUGUUACGAACAUUUAAGGCCAGUAUUACGAUUAUUACUAUCAAGCUCAUUGGAGACGAAAUUACCUGCUGUGUUGGAGCUUCUUUCAUCAAAUGCUUUCUGUUCCGGUUCAUCUAAAAUUAAAUUCAAUAACCCACCUCGCAUUAAAAUUACUUCCCAAAGUAAAGCGGUAUUUUCCAAAUGUCUUACCAACAUCGAAGAUAAUUUAAUAAAAGAACAAAACGAGCUGAAAAAGCACAAAAAAAGGAUGCGUUUAUUGGAGGAAGUGGAAGCUUCGGAGUGUAAUAUCAAUGUCGAAGAAAGACGUAAAUCGAGAAGAAAAUCCAGUCAGUCGAAUACGAAAAUUCGCGCCGAUUUGGAUCAAUUUGAGAACAUGAGUAAUUGCAGCGGUCGUACUUCGCUUAGUACCGAUUCGAGCUCGCCAAAUUCAGGCUGUGAUAAAACUAACGAAACAAAUAACGUUGCUCCGAAGAUUAUACCUGAUUCGUCCGGUACGUCUCCAUCGGUCUCGGAAUCGAGUGACAGAUCAGCGUUUCUUCAAUCUAUCGUUAAUUUUAAUAAAAAUAAAUUAAAGAAGGCCAAUUCAAACGGUAUCUAGGUUAUAAUUAUUGUACAGCGUACACACCUUUUUUUUUUGUAUCCUGACUGAUGAAUUUAAUCUUAUUCGUGUACUUGAAAGUUUUUACAUGGGCUUGUGAAUAUCAUCGUAUUUUUUUAUCGAUAUGCCAUAACUUACGCACAAAUAAUAUGUUCUUCUAACGAGCCCUUAAUCGUGUGAAAAUGUUACCAAUUAUUGCAUUUUUGAAAUUUUUAUAUUACCAUCAGAGAACCAGAAUUUUAUCUUAUAAUUUUAAGCAUAUUUUAUUACAUUCGUUUUAACCAGAUUUUUAUCCUACUCUCUCCUCCAUUUUUUUUAUACUUCAAGAUUGAUUUUUUUUAGGUAUUGUAUGUUUGAAUUGAUUUUUCGAAGAAUUUUAAUUGUUUUUAUCACGUUAAUUUUGUAUUCUUAAGUAGUUUUUUUUUCUUUUCUUUACUAAUGUUUUGAAAAAGUUAAAGAGUAUUUUUCGUAUAGUUCCUGAUGGUAAACUGAUUACAUACAUACUUACUAAAUGGUACGUAUAUAGAAUUUAAGGUACCCUAUCGAUUUUUCGAUUUCUGUUUAAAUUAUUUCGUUAAUUCGUUAUCGUUAUUAUAUUAUUAUUGUUACAAAAUGGUGUAACCAUUUCACGUACGGUAUUGAAAAUUGGUUACGUUCAUUAUUUAUUGGUCUAGUCUUACCCAAAUUUUCAUUCUUAUUGAAAGCAUGAUUAGUAUGUAUUAUUAAUUAUGAAUUUUAUCGUGUACACGUACAGUUUACUAAACUGUUUAUUAUGGUUUAAUUAUUUAACGCUACGUACCUACUUACAUCGAAUUUCGAUGUUGUCAAUUUUCACUAUCAAGUACCCGAGCUAUGUUUUCUACGUUUCCUUUGAAGUUAUCGGUAAAGGUAAAAAUAAACCUUAUAUCUUCGUUGAA